UGUGUUGUGUUGAGUGUUGCAGCGAUAUUACAGCAUUUAGCAAAGCUGUGCGAGCUGUCACGUUGCUGUUUGCUGUGUAAUCACCUCAGUGAAGAAGCGAUAAGUGUCAGUCCAUGAGAAACACUUUAAAAUAAGAGUAGCUGGAGGAAACAGUUGAGGCGAGGAGGCUGACACGCAACCAGCGUGGCUGUAAACGGCUGCUGUUCACCGGACUGAAGGCUCUGAGGCUUUCCGUGUGACACCAUGAGCUCCAAGGUGUGUAAAAACUGCGGCAGCUCGGACAUCGACGUGGACCACGCCCGCGGCGAUGCCGUCUGCAUGACCUGCGGCUCCGUGCUGGAGGACAACAUCAUUGUGUCCGAGGUGGAGUUUGUGGAGACGGGAGGUGGAGGGUCGUCGGCCGUCGGACAGUUUGUCUCCUCAGAAGCUGGAGGUGUCAACCCAUCUUUUGGAGACGGCCAGCUGACAGGUGUGGGGAGGGAGUCCAGAGCUCAGACGCUGCAGAGAGCGAGACAGAACAUCAACAGUCUGGGUCACCAGCUGCAGAUGAACAAGCACUGUCUGGACACGGCCCUGAACUUCUACAAGAUGGCGCUCAUGAAACACCUGACCCGCGGCCGCAAGUCCUCCCACGUCAUCGCCGCGUGUCUCUACAUGGUGUGCCGCACCGAAGGAACGCCACACAUGCUGCUGGAUCUCAGUGAUCUCCUGCAGGUGAACGUCUACGUACUGGGAAGAACCUUCCUGGUGUUGGCCAGAGAACUGUGCAUCAACGCCCCGGCUAUAGACCCGUGCCUGUACAUUCCCCGCUUCGCUCAGCUGCUGGAAUUUGGGGAGAAGAACCAUGAAGUCUCCAUGACAGCAAUGAGACUGGUGCAGAGGAUGAAGAGGGACUGGAUGCACACAGGACGAAGGCCGUCGGGACUCUGCGGAGCAGCUCUUCUGGUUGCUGCACGUAUGCACGACUUUCGCCGCACCAUCAAGGAAAUUGUCAGUGUUGUAAAAGUGUGCGAAACCACGCUACGGAAAAGACUGACAGAGUUUGAGGACACACCGACCAGUCAGCUGACCAUCGAAGAGUUCAUGAAGGUUGAUCUGGACCAAGAGUGUGACCCGCCCUGCUUUACAGCCGGACUGAGGAAGAAAAAAGCCGAUCAGCUGGAGAUGGAGCUGAAGAAAAAGAUGGAUGACGUCGAAGAUGAAAUUCAAGGCUACCAGGAUGAAAUAGACGCAGAGCUCGAGAGCAGUCGACCCAAACUGAGAGGAGUGUACGCCGCCUACGCUAAAGAAGCCCCUCUCCCAGAUGGUGAAAGUGACAAUGGUGACGUCCUCUCCCCAUCGUCUCCAAAGGAGGACUGUGAGGAACCAGAAGAGGAAGACGUGCUUCAGGCCGUGGCCAAGCACUUUGGCAAAGAACUCGGCGAGCUCACGCUGGAGGCUCUGAUAAAACUGGAGCAGAAGACACCAGAGGGAGGAGAGGAGGACCAGGAGCAGGAGGACGGUAUCCCAAAGCGAAAAGGCCCGUCGCUGGAGUCCAUUCUGGGCACGAUGCCCACUGCAGCCACCCUCGGCCUCCCCGAGUCCAUCGGCACCUGCAUCGGAGAGGAGAAGGAGAACGAUGGUGCUGCUGACAGCGGGGAGCUGGACCUGAGUGGGAUAGAUGACAGCGAGAUAGAGCUGUAUCUGCUGAGUGACAAAGAAAUCAAAGUGAAGACGGCGCUGUGGAUGGCAGAAAACUCCGACUACCUCAAAGAGCAGAAAGAGAAGGAAGCAAAGAUAGCGAAGGAGAAGGAGCUCGGGAUCUACAAAGAAAAGAAGGUAACAGCGUUCAGUCUUAGAAACUCUCAGAUAAGAAAGGGCAGGCUGUCAGAGCUCGGAGCUGACAGGAAGUUAAUCGGAGGCAGAGUGACGGUCAGACAAGCUCCACUCAGCCUCAGCACGCCGCUCAGCACCCUGGGAAAAAGGUUGCAGCCGUUCAUCACCGGACAGCCCAGCAAAAAGCUCGCCGUGGAGCAGAUUGCCAACUCCAACCCCCUGCCGCUGCCCGUGGGAGCCCCUGCCAGCGGAGUGGUGGUAGAGAGCGGGCCGGUCGUCUACGAUGAUGCUGCUGCUGAAGAGGAGGACGAGGAGGAAGAGGAGGCUUGUGUCAGCGCCUUGGAGCUGCUGGGCAGCAACGAUUAUGGCAGUGAUUACGGCGAUUAUGACGACUGAUCCAAGCUGUGCUCUUCCCUGGGCUAUCAAACCCAACUAGUACGGACAAUUUUGAACCCUUAAGUGUAUCAAAUGUUUACUACCUGGGACACAAAAUGGCUGCAACUACAGACAGGAGCUGCGAAGCCAAGAGGAAGGAGGAAUUCCCAUCAGGAACAAACGGGUCAUGUGUACAAGGAAAUAAAAGCUGGAAAAGUCACACUCCAUGUGCCAUUUGGCAUCCCAACUGGAGUGAACUGGGAGGACGUGCUGCUUGGAUGCUGACAGAGAGGGUGAAGUGGAAAUGAGGGAUACAGGUGUAGUUAUCAGUGCGGGUCACAGGCCCUCUGAAGUGGUGAUACUGUUUGUUGAUUUGCAGGACAGAAGACACGUAGGUUAAAACUGGGGUUAACUUCGAGACAGCUAGGUUCCAUAUAUCUGGUGUUUCAACAGCAAUUUAAUGACAGUGAAAUAUAGUCAUUUAAAUGCUGCUCAAUCAGUAGUUACAGUUAUGUAGAUGUCGUAGAAAACAUAGUGUAACUAAAUCUAGCCUGGUGUUAAGCUAGGUGUCUUUUGUCCUGCACAGUACCAAAUCAGUGUUUACUGUGAAGCACUCAUCAGGAUGAUUUUUAACAUUUUAACAACCGUGUCGCCUCUGGAUCAAAACUCCUCCACUGUGAUUUAGUCGAGGUGUAAUGUAGCAAAAAGAAAAGCCGAACAAAGUGCAAAACGUAUUAUGCUUGAACUUCCACUUUGCAUUCGAGUGUGUGACAGUAUGUGACUCUCUCAAGUACUUCUUACAACUAAUUCUGUCUUAAAACUCGUAUCCUAUCCUGUGUCUCAUGUACUUAAAAACAAGCAGUUAACAAUCAGGUAGUGUGAGAUCGACCAUCGCUAUUUGGUUGAUCAAUAUCUAUUAAUGCCUUAGGUGAUUGGUGGACGGACACAUGCUGUCUGCUCUGCCUGAAUCAAUGUAUUACAAUGAUGUUGCCUUUGAACGAUUGGAGCAAUCCCAGGUUAUUUGCCAAUGUUUGCUGAGAUAAGAAUGUUACUUUGUAAAGGAAUUAGACGGUUUGAUUUGUUUUUAGGUCGCUUUGAAUUUGGUUUGGGCAUUUCUUAAUUGUGUCUUGAUGAAAUUGAUUCUCUAUGAUUAAUUUAUGAGAUUGUGCCCUUUGUUUUAUGUUAAAUAUUCUUCACGACGGUCCUGUCGUGGGCCACAGAGGCGUUUAAAGCCGGGGUGUAAAUACAUUCUCAGCAAUAUUAUAUUUUCCAAAUGAGUGAGGGAUCAGAGAAUAGAUCUAUUUUGUAUUUAAGCUUUUAUGAUUUUUGUGUUUGAGAAAUGAUACUUGGGAGGUGGAGUGCAUUGUGGCCUUUUCACUGUGUCCACACAACAGUAUUUAAUGAGGCGUCUUGGUUUACCUGGACUGCCCCUGCGUUGCUGCUACAAGUCACGAUGUUACAUCUGCGUAUUGUUGUGUGCAU